GUUGCCAUGGCGACGGGGCGGUGGCCGCGGUGGCUGCUGGCUCUGUGCGGCCUGGUCUGGGGGCCGAGCCUGGCGGGGGCCGCCAACGCCACUCGGGGCCCCCCCAACCUGGUCGUGUUGCUGAUGGACGACAUGGGAUGGGGUGACUUAGGUGUGUUUGGGCAUCCUUCCAAAGAAACCCCAAAUUUAGACCGGAUGGCCUCCGAAGGAAUGCUUUUCCCAAGCUUCUAUGCUGCCAAUCCUCUCUGUUCUCCAUCCAGGGCAGCGUUACUAACAGGUCGCCUCCCUAUCCGGAAUGGCUUCUACACCACAAAUGCCCAUGCCAGAAAUGCCUAUACACCCCAGGAGGUAGUCGGGGGCAUCCCAGAUUCUGAACUGCUCCUUCCAGAGCUGCUGAAGAAAGCCGGCUACGUCAACAAGAUCAUUGGCAAAUGGCAUCUUGGCCACCGACCCGAGUUCCAUCCCCUGAAGCAUGGAUUUGAUGAGUGGUUUGGAUCCCCCAACUGUCACUUUGGGCCUUAUGAUAACAAAGCCGCUCCAAAUAUCCCCGUUUACAGGGACUGCGAGAUGAUUGGCAGGUAUUACGAAGAUUUCCAAAUUGAUCGGAAGACAGGGGAGGCAAACCUGACUCAAAUCUACUUGCAGGAGGCCCUGGAUUUCAUCAGCAUGCAGCAAGCUGGCCAGCAGCCGUUCUUCCUGUACUGGGCCAUCGAUGCCACUCAUGCCCCUGUGUAUGCCUCCAGGAAAUUCUUGGGCACCAGCCAACGAGGCCUGUAUGGUGAUGCAGUUCGAGAGAUUGACAGCAGCGUGGGGAAAAUACUGAGUCACCUUCAAAAGCUGGGUAUCAGCGAGAACACCUUUGUCUUUUUCACCUCUGACAAUGGAGCUGCGCUUAUUUCUGCUCCUAAAGAAGGAGGUAGCAACGGCCCCUUUCUGUGUGGCAAAGAAACAACCUUUGAAGGCGGCAUGCGGGAACCGGCAAUUGCCUGGUGGCCUGGGCAUAUCCCUGCUGGGCAGGUGAGUCAUCAGCUGGCAAGUGUGAUGGAUCUCUUCACCACCGGCCUAGCACUGGCAGGACUGCAGCCUCCCAGUGACAGACAGAUCGACGGCAUCGACCUUUUACCUGUCAUCCUGCAGGGCGAGUUAAUUGACAGGCCAAUAUUUUAUUACCGUGGCAACGAGAUGAUGGCGGUGCGGAUUGGGCUUUACAAGGCCCAUUACUGGACCUGGAGUAACUCCUGGGAGCAAUUCAGCCAGGGCAUUGAUUUUUGCCCCGGGCAGAAUGUUUCCGGAGUGACCACCCACACCCAAGAAGAGCACACCAAGCUUCCACUGUUGUUCCACUUAGGAAGGGACCCUGGAGAAAAGUACCCAAUCAGUUUUUCUAGCACCGAGUACCAAACCAUCAUGGAAAGAAUCUUUCCAGUCGUCCAGCAGCACCAGCAGACGUUGCUACCUGGGCAGCCUCAGCUAAACGUCUGUGACAAGGCAGUCAUGAACUGGGCCCCUCCAGGCUGUGAGAAGCUGGGAAAGUGCUUGAAGACUCCCCCUUCAGACCCACAGAAGUGCUUCUGGCCCCACUGAUCCU